AUGGCAAAUGGGUCCUUGGAUGCUCAUCUAUACAGAACAAAUGACAACGGUCCACUUCUAAGGAAAAAAAUACUUGAUAUUUGCAUUGGUGCUGCACGAGGACUGCAACAUCUCCAUGUGGGUGUAGAGCAGGGAAUCAUCCACCGUGACAUAAAGCCGGUGAAUAUUUUGUUGGAUAAAAAUUGGGUUGCAAAACUUAGUGAUUUCACAUUUUGCAAACUUAUACCCAAUGACGAUGCAAGUGAAGCAAUAUUGGAUUCAGGGAUCUGCGGCACUCCUGGAUAUAUGGCACCAGAGUACAUUAUGCAUGGAACGUUGUCGAAAAAAGCUGUUGUGUAUUCAUUUGGUGUGGUGCUGUUGGUAGUAUUGUGUUCCAAGAAGUUACAUUUUCAUGGGCAUAAGGCAACACUAGUACAUUGGUUCAAAAGUAGCGUAAAAAAUGGAACCAUAGAUCAAGUUAUUGAUCCAUAUUUGAUUGGGAAUGUUAGAAUAGCUUUAGCAUAG